AUGGCAAACAGCGAAAAUCUAGAUUCUGUAAAACUGAAUUCCCCUGAACUUCCAUCUCUCAUUAGAUAUAUAUCAUCAAAUGAAGUGGCUGGCUUUGAUAAUGUUGAGGAAAAUAGAUUUCUCAAUGGCAGCUGUCAACCAAGUCACCUUCAACCUAUCAGUCCAUCAGCUAAAGGAAUUGAAGCGGCAGCUUUAGAAUGCACAUUUGAUGGAUCUGAACCCCCGAUUCAUCAAAAGGUGUAUUCUGUUUCUAUUAGCAUGCCAUCAUCACCAACCGGAAUUCAUUUACACAACAGCAAAAAUAUGAUCUUCAGUGAAAUUCCAAAUUCUUCUGCCGCAACUGAAACUGCUGGCUUCGAACUGCCCAAAGCCGUAAAAUUUCACUCUCAACCAAUGCCAAAAAGCUCUGCACAUCAUCCAACUAUUGAAAGGUUGAAAGAUAAGAGGUUUGAUACUUUCAAAACAUGGUCUGGGAAACUGGAAAGGCAGAUAACACUACUCCGCGGAAAGACACCAAGGGAGACUGAACCAGAGAAUGGUAAUCUGCAAAAUGCAGAAGUUGAACGUUUACCUGCAGACCGAUACUUUGAUGCAUUGGAAGGGCCAGAGUUAGAAACCCUUAGGGAUUCAGAGGAAAUACUCCUUCCAGAAGACAAACAAUGGCCAUUUCUUCUCCGGUAUCCUGUUUCUUCAUUUAGCAUCUGCCUCGGUGUUAGCAGCCAAGCUAUUUUGUGGAAGACCCUUCCUACCUCUGCCUCCACGAAAUUCCUCCACUUAAGCUUAAUACCAAAUCUAGUUCUGUGGUGCAUUUCAGUUGCUCUUGUAGCUAUUGUUGCUUGUAUCUACCUUCUAAAAACGAUCCUUUACUUUGAAGCAGUUCGCCGUGAGUAUUACCACCCUGUUCGUGUCAACUUCUUCUUUUCCCCAUGGAUAGCCCUCUUGUUCUUAGCUCUUGGAGUGCCACCUUCAUUUGCUAACAACCUGUAUCCAGCUCUUUGGUACAUCCUCAUGACCCCAAUCUUAUGCCUUGAGCUUAAAAUCUAUGGACAGUGGAUGUCAGGAGGCCAACGUAGGCUUUCAAAGGUAGCCAAUCCUGUUAACCAUCUCGCAAUUGUUGGGAAUUUUGUGGGGGCAUUGCUAGGUGCGUCAAUGGGACUAAAAGAAGGACCAAUAUUCUUCUUUGCUGUGGGGUUGGCUCACUACAUGGUAUUAUUUGUAACUCUCUACCAGAGGCUUCCAACAAACGAGACUGUAAUCCCAAAGGACCUCCAUCCUGUUUUCUUUCUGUUUGUUGCAGCACCAAGUGUAGCUUCCAUGGCAUGGGGAAGAAUCCAAGGCUCUUUCAAUUACGUUCGGGUUAACUUUUUCAGAGGAUUUAAGUUUUCUUUGACAUGGUGGGCAUAUACAUUCCCAAUGACUGGUGCUGCCAUUGCAACCAUCAGGUACUCAAAUGAGGUCACAAAUGUGGUAACACAAACUCUGGCUGUCAUACUCUCUCUCACCGCCACGAUCGUAGUCACCAUUCUUCUCAUAACAACCAUCUUGCAUUGUUUUGUGAUCCAAGACCUCUUCCCCAAUGACAUUGCAAUUGCCAUCAGUGACAGAAAGUUAAAACCAAAUAGGACAUGGUUCCAACUUAGACACGGAAGCUCGAACUCAAAGGACAUCGAAAAACUUUUGAAGUCAGUAACAAGUUCAGAAACCAAAGAUUUAGAGGACAUCGAAAAACUUUUGAACAAAAAUCCGGAUUCUGAAAAAGAGAAUUCGUUUGAACUUCCAUCUCUCAUCAGGUGUGCAUCAUCAAAUGAAGUGUCUGGCUUUGAUAAUGGUGAGGAGAAAAGAUUUCUCAAUGAUAGGUAUCAACCAAGUGCGCUUCAGCUUAUCAGUCCAUCAGCUCAAGGAAUUGAGACAGAUGCCUUAGAAUGCACACUUGAUGAAUCUGAACCCCAAAUUCAUCAAAGUGUGCUUUCUGUUUCUAUUAGCAUGCCAACAUCAGCAAUCGAACUUCAUUUGCAGGACAACAAAAGAAUGCUCUUCAGUGGUGAAACAAGUUUCAACAAUGGAAUUCCAGCUUCCUCUGCCACACUUAAAAGUGCUAGCAGCAGCACACUGCCCAAAGGAUUAAAGUUUCACCCUCAGCCAAUGCCAAAAAGCUCUGCAUUUGAAGUGGCAACUAAAACUGGACAUUUCCCUGAUCAUCCAAGUAUUGAAAGGUUGAAUGAUAAGAGGUUUGAUACUUUCAAAACAUGGUCCCGGAAACUUGACAGGCAAAUAACACUUCUCGGUGGAAAGACGCCAGGGGAAACUGAAUCAGAGAAUGUAAUUGUUCAAAUUGAAGAAGUAGAACGUUUACCUGCAGACCGAUACUUUGAUGCAUUAGAAGGGCCAGAGCUAGACACCCUUAGGGCCUCAGAAGAAAUACUGCUUCCAGCAGACAAGCAGUGGCCAUUUCUUCUCCGAUAUCCAGUUUCUUCAUUUAGCAUCUGCCUCGGUGUUAGCAGCCAAGCUAUUUUGUGGAAAACCCUGUCUACCUCGGCCUCAAUGAAAUUUCUCCACUUGAGCUUAAUGACGAAUCUCGUACUUUGGUGCAUUUCAGUUGCUCUGAUAGCUAUUGUUGCUUUCAUCUACCUUCUAAAAGUGAGCCUUUACUUUGAAGCAGUUCGUCGUGAGUAUUACCAUCCAAUCCGUAUGAACUUCUUCUUUGCUCCAUGGAUAGUCCUCUUGUUCUUAGCUCUUGGAGUACCACCUUCAUUUGCUAACAACUUGCAUCCAGCAAUUUGGUACAUCCUCAUGACCCCAAUUUUAGGCCUUGAGCUUAAAAUCUAUGGACAGUGGAUGUCAGGAGGCCAGCGUAGGCUUUCAAAGGUGGCUAAUCCCUUUAACCAUCUCGCUAUUGUUGGGAACUUUGUGGGGGCAUUGCUUGGUGCAUCAAUGGGACUCAAAGAAGGACCACUGUUCUUUUUUGCUGUUGGUUUGGCGCACUACAUAGUUUUAUUCGUAACGCUCUAUCAGCGACUACCAACUAAUGAGACAGUAAUCCCAAAGGACCUCCAUCCUGUGUUCUUUCUGUUUGUUGCAGCACCAAGCGUAGCUUCCAUGGCAUGGGCAAAAAUCCAAGGCUCCUUUGAUUACAGUUCACGAAUUGCUUACUUCAUUGCCUUGUUCCUUUAUCUCUCACUGGCAAUCCGGGUUAACUUUUUCCGAGGAUUUAAGUUUUCUAUGGCAUGGUGGGUAUAUACUUUUCCAAUGACUGGUGCUGCCAGUGCAACCAUCAGAUACUCAAAUGAAGUCACAAAUGUGGUAACACAAGCUCUGGCUGUUACACUCUCUCUCAUUGCCACAAUCACAGUCAUUGCUCUUCUCAUAACAACCAUCUUGCAUGGCUUAGUGCUCGGAAACCUCUUCCCCAAUGACAUUGCAAUUGCCAUCAGUGACAGAAAGCCAAACCCACAGACACAGAAGAAGUGGUUCCACCUACAUGGAAGCUCGGAAGCCAAAGACAUUGAAAAUUUCUUGCAGUCAGAAGAAUCAACCUCAGAAAACAAAGAUUUAGAAACCGCCAAACCCUCAGACUUUGAGUAA